UUUCAGAUUUCUUCCGGUAAAUAAGCGGGAAACUCAAAGAAAUGUCGUACGAUUUGGCAGCAGCAGAAACUCCGGCUUAUUCGCCCUUUUUUGGAUAUAUGGGAGCAGCAUCAGCUCAGAUAUUCACCGUACUUGGCGCAGCCUAUGGGACUGCUAAAUCAGCUGUGGGUAUCUCGAGUAUGGGCGUGAUGCGUCCCGAACUGAUCAUGAAAUCCGUUAUUCCUGUUAUUAUGGCUGGCAUUAUUGGUAUCUACGGUCUAGUCGUGGCAGUGGUACUGAAAGGCCAAGUAACGAAGGCUUCAGAUGGUUACACUUUAGAUAAAGGAUUCGCUCAUUUGGCUGCCGGUCUUACAUGUGGUCUGUGUGGCCUUGGUGCCGGAUAUGCUAUAGGUAUUGUGGGUGAUGCGGGAGUUAGAGGAACCGCUCAACAACCACGGCUUUUCGUUGGCAUGAUCCUCAUUCUGAUCUUCUCUGAGGUACUGGGUUUAUAUGGCAUGAUUGUGGCUCUAAUUUUGGGAGCGUCGUAAGAAAUUGCAGCUGUCGUAUUUUCGCUUUGUUCUUUAAAGCGCUUUCUGUAUUGUUACUUUUGUUCAAGAGAAUACUGUCUUUGUAAAUUUACAAUUGGCCGUCUAGCUAUUAGAAACAUAAAGUCUUUGGUUGAGAAUAAAAUAAUUAUGUAGGCGUUGUCAUCAAUUUCUCACACUUCCAUUUUGUCGUGUUGUGAAGGAUUAGUUUUGUUUUUAACAGAAAUUUGAAAGAGUUCACAAUAUCGCCAUUCCAGUUUGAUUUUUGCAAACCUCAAAAUUUGCAGUCACAGGCCUUAUCACUAUGCAAUCAGUUUGUAGCAAUUUUUUUCUGAAGUUACUUAUGAAUUGUGUUCACUACCAGCUUAUCUCCCGCAUCAGCUGAUUCCGCUGGAUUUCCACUUUGUAUUUUUGUGAUCUGUUCUGCAACUGAUUUGGCGAUAUUCAAAUGUUAUAUCCACAAUUUUAUCUUACAUUCAGAAUCAUAAGUUAUUUUCUCAUCUCACACUAUGACUAGGUUUUUGUUCUGCAUUUCCCUGAAGUGAAAUUUUUCACAACAAAUUUGGUAUUCGGCGGUAAUAUUUUUCCAAGAGACGCUUUUUCAUGACAGUUUCUUUGUGGAAAUUAUUUAAUUAAUGUUUUAAAUCAAACUUAUGCCUAGAAGUAGCAGAAGCAACCGUUUUUUAGAUGAUAUAAAAAUGAUUCUUGUUCACUCUGUCCAGUUUUUUAGCUUCUGUGAAAUAAAUAUUUCCUCG